AGGGGAGCUUCAUUGGCACAUCACAGGCUAUGGCUGAUGUCGGGGUGUCUGGGUGAGGCAGGGGGAACUCAGCUCGCCACAUGGAGACAGGACAGGCCUGGAUAAGUCUCAUCACAGCAGAUAGGAACAAUGACCAACCUACUUGCCAUCUGCCAUCUUGGUUGCCAAUAGCAACACCUCUCUCAUGGUGGGUUAAAGAUGGCCACAAACUCUUUGUCAUCCCCUCAUCCAGACGUGGGGCUCCUCCUCCUUUGAUCUGAGCCGGCCUGGAGCUGGUUCUGAACAGAGGAUGCGGCAGGAGCUGUGCCAUGGGCAUCUCCACAGCUCAGAGUGUUUCUCCCCUUGGAGCUAGCCACUUCUAGAAACAUGUCACCUGUGUGCAAGCCAGGAGAGCCACUUGGAACAAGACAGAUGCCAGAGAUGAGGCAUGAGAGGGACAGAUGCAUGAAGUCCGCCUGUGGGGACCAGCAGCCGAGCCACUCAGUAAACAACACCCAGCAAAGGACCCUAGUGACACCUGUCUUGAUGAGAGACAUGAGAAUGGCAGCAGGGAGAUUUGUGGUCUCGGCUUGCUGGGGCAAGGCACUGGGGCCCACCCAUCAGCACCUCAGGCUGUAGCCUGGUGGGAGACGAGACUUCUGACAAGCUCAUCCUGGCAAGGGACUUCAGUCUUCGGGGUUCUAGCCCCCAGUCUACACGAAAACCUAUAUGCAUUAACAAGAGGAUGGGACCACCGUGCGUCAGCCAGAGAAACCUCCUUUCUGGGAAGCCAGCGGGACCGCGGGAAGCCGGGAAAUGAAACUUACCUAGCUGGUGGCAAACACCAUUUUCUCCCUGUAAUGAUGGGGUAACAUAUGGACCAUCGUGGUAUCUGCCUCUCCGGGCUGGUCUGAGGAUCAAAUUAGAUAAAGGACAUACAGACCUCUGUCUGGGCCAACUGAGCAAUCAGUAGCUGCUCUGACCACUUUCUGUCUGCCAGAUGGGAAAACUGAGGCCAAAGGAAGGUUGCAUCUGGCAAAGGGUGACGCGUGGAAAAGGGGACCCGGAGGGAGGAGGCAUCCCUGGACGUCACCGGGAGCCCCACCCACGGCGAGGGCAGCCCGGACCCGGCUCUGCUGUCACUCAGAACACGUCGGGGACCCUGGUGCCCACGUCCCUGCCGGCCCUCUGUAGGUUUGGAAAUCAUCUCCUCUGCCAGAAGCCGGCGCAGAGCGGCUUCCACGACAGAAAACGGACCCUCGGGUCGCUCCGGUCCCCACUGGCCGCCCCCGGGGCUGCGGGGCGAGGCAGGCGCGCUCGCCGCACCGCGCCUGCGCCAGCCGGCCGAGCAGGAGGCCGCCCGCGCAGCCCCGCUCCCUCCCGGUCGCCGUGGCAACGGGCUCGCGGGGGGAGGGGCCGCGCCGCGGCGGCUGCUAUUUCUGCCGCUUCCUGUUCCUCGCGGCCACGUCGCCAUGGCAACCGAGUUACUCAGCUCGGCCGCCUCCCGGCCCGGCUGGCGCGCGUGACCCCGGCCACUCGCGCCCCCUCGUCCCCCUCCCGCACCCUGCCCGGUGCCCGCGGCCGGCAGGGAGGCAGAUUGAUGGGCGACGCUUAUUAAAACACAGUGGAAGCGUUUCCGUUUUUAUGACGCUGACGAGGCAGCGUUAUUUACUGUUAUUGUUCGCCCUGGCCGCCCGGGAGCUCACCUUCGGCUCGUCCCGGGACGGCGCGUGGCACCCCGGGGUCCCCCUAUUCUCGCCCCUUCCCCCUGCGACAGCCCGCGGAGAGGGACCGCACAGGCCCGGUAGCUCAUGCUUGAAGGAGAAAAAGGCAACAAAAAAAUAAAUAAAUAAAUAAAA